UAUAUAAUAGAUAAUUCAAUCCCAAUGUUUUUAAAAGAUGAUGAUACAAAUGUAUUUCUUGUUAUUUCUGUAAUGGAACAUGAUGGUGACUUUAAAGCUCAAGCAAUAACUCUACAAUUUCCAAUCAUUCCAAAAACUUUUGAAGAUUUGAAAAUUAUGCGUUAUUUAUUUCAACAAUUUUCAAACUGUGUUUUUGAAAAAGUUUGCUUGGAUAAAGUUAUAUUUAAUCAGCAUUUUAAAUUGCAACAAUUUGUAUUUAAUCCGCAAAUGCUUGAAAUAUUAUAUGACGAAAAUAGAGAUCCCACAAAGAAUCCACUACCUUUACAAAUUCAUUCUAAUGAGGCUAAUCUACGUAUUUACAAAAAUUACGAUCAUACUAGUCUUAUAAGAUUUGCAUUAAAUCAUUUAUUUUCCAAUCAAUUAAUCAUUAGUUUUGAGAAUGGAAUUAAUAUAGAGAAUGGCUCUAUCGCAAAUGAGGUGCGUAAUCAUAUUUUUUCUCCUUCCUUCCUCAAGUUAAAAAUGGGGAACCUUUUCCUUAGUAUUUUUCCUUAG